AUCAGCAUCAUAUCGGAGAGGUAAACAACGUAUAUGGUCAUUAAAUAUAUUAAGGGCGGAUUCAUAUGACAAUCAAGUUCACCUGCCAGCGUUACAGGAGUAUUUCGUUUUAGUAGAAAUACACGCCAAUAAAAUUUCCUCUCUGGUUCUAGUAACGUUGUAAUAUACCGUAAAAAAUGCUAGAAAUAACAUGUAAUGAUCGUCUUGGUAAAAAAGUUAGAGUUAAAUGCAAUCCAGAUGAUACAAUAGGGGAUUUAAAAAAAUUAAUAGCAGCCCAAACUGGAACUCAUUGGGAAAAGAUAGUUUUAAAAAAGUGGUAUACUAUAUUUAAGGAUCACAUAAAAUUACAAGAUUAUGAAAUUCAUGAUGGCAUGAAUUUAGAACUGUAUUAUCAAUAAUUAAUAAUUAAUAUUAUAUAAGUUAAUGUUAUGUAUAUAUAUAAUAACAGUAAUAGUAAAUUUUAUAUUUAAGCAUUUUUGAUUUUGUAUUUUACAUGAUAUUUAAGUAUGUAAUGUAUAUAAUAACUAUACAAUAAACAAACAUAAA